GCUGCUUUGGGUUCCGCUGAAGUUCAUUUGCUGCUGCAAACUGAUCCGCGGUCAGUUAGAACCGCGGCCGACGAUCAGCUGGAGCCCCCGGCUGCUAUUCUGUCGGGUCUGUCUCAAAUUCAGCACCCGGGUGCGAGUUCGUCACUGGACUUGCUGGCUUGGUGUGUGCGGGUGUUCCUACGGGUUCCAACAGAAAAUCAUGUGAAACUCAGGGAUGAGGACGGCAGGAAGGUUUGGGACUCGCGAAAAACCUUACGAUAUGAACAAAACCGACUGAUCGUCAGAAAAUCGACAGAAAACGUCUUGAUUUUUGCUUGUCUACAUCUGGAAGGCCUGCGAUACUCCACAGCACAGAAGCUAAAAUCAGGAGACAAUAUAUGCGCCUACGUCUGCCUACAGGUGUGAUACCUCGCCUCAGCCAAGCCAAUGACAUCACAGGAGACCUCUUGCCACUGUGUGAAAAUACUGCUGUUGCUGCUGUGACCUACAGAUCAGUCACAUGCUUGCUGAGAACCAUCUGACAGCCACGCUCCUGACCUCCAUCCUGGCCGUGGUGCUGGGCUCCCUGCAGAUCGGCUACCACACCGGCAAUGUCAACGCCCCUGGGAAGAUCAUCGAAGAGUUCUUUAACCACACCUGGAGGGUCAGACAUAACCAGUCGAUGCCAGAUCACAGUCUGACUCUCCUGUGGUCACUCUCCGUCAGCAUUAAGGACUUCGGAGCUCUUCUGGGCUCACUGGGAGUGAAAUAUCUGGCCGAUGCUUACGGCAGGCGGAACUCCAUCCUAAUAGUGAACUGCCUGUCUGUGGUGGGAGCUUGUCUGAUGUCUGCCUCCAAAGUCAGCAAGUCGUUCGAGGUGCUGAUCGUGGGACGGCUGGUGUUCGGCCUGUUUUGUGGCCUGGUGAUGAGUCUGAAUCCUCUGUACAUCCAGGAAGCAUCCCCCACCGCUCUAAGGGGGGCGUUCGCUACGCUCAACCAGGUGUCCUUCGCCUCUGGCAUCCUAGUGGGAAUGGUGGCCGGGCUCGAGACGGUGCUGGGUACAGAGCACAACUGGGCCAUGAUGUUGUCCCUGUCACUCAUUCCUGCUCUGGCACAGCACCUGAUUCUGCCCUUCUGCCCCGAGAGCCCUCGAUACCUGCUCAUCAACCGGGGAGAGGAGAGCAAGGCCGAGGCCGCGCUGAUGAGGCUGAGAGGCAGCGCAGACAGGGUGUUUGCUGAGCUCAAGGAAAUGAAGGAGGAGGCCGCCCACACUCAGAGCGGCGUCACCACACGCGAGUUCUUCAACAAGCCCAGAUACCGGCAGCCCAUCAUCAUCGUGCUCGUGGUUAACCUGGGCAGCCAGCUGUCAGGGUUCAAUGCGAUCAUUAAUUACUCCACCAGAAUGUUCCAGGCUAAUUUUGAGCAGGCCAAAUACUUGACCCUGGGCGUCGGGGCUGUCAACGUGACCUUCACUUUGGUGGCAUUCUUCUUGAUGGAGCGGGCAGGAAGAAAGAAGCUGCUCCUGACUGGUUUCAUCUCUAUAGCACUGUGCAAUCUACUCAUGACCAUCGCCGAUUCUGUCCUGCACCUGGUCCCGGAGCUGCGCAGCCUGCAGGUCCUGCUGGUCUUCUGCCUGAUCUCAGCCUACGAGCUGGGCCCCGGCCCCAUCUCCUGGUUCAUCGCUGCGGAGCUGUUCGACCAGCCCGGCAGGCCCAUCGCCAUGGCCUUCACCAGCAUGCUCAACUGGGGAGGGAAGUUCCUUCUGGCGCUGCUCUUCCCUCCGCUGCUGAAAGUCUGCGGCGUGUACGUGUACCUCCUCUUCAUGACGGUGGCUCUGCUGGCCUUCGUCUUCACGUGGCUUCGCCUCCCUGAGACCAAGGGACGCACAUUUGAUGACAUCGCGGAGGAAUUCAGGGGCGCUGAGGGGAUCCCUCUGCACAAUAAGACUGGGUUCAACACUUUUACCUGACCAAGCCGCCUUCAAGGCAGUCAUGUCUGAGUCACCCGCUAUAUCGUUGGCUGUUUGGUGAUUCUACAGACAAAUGCUGGAUUCUCACUCACAAUGAUUGUCUGAAUUAACAGACAGAGACGCAGCAGCCAGUUUAUUUAAAAUAAAAUACUCCUUAACAAUU